ACUGCAAAAAAAUCGCAUUAAUUACAUGUCAACAAAAUGUCAAAUAGACAGAUGUUUUUAUUAAACAAUUAAUCAAAAAAUUAAAUUGUUUAUGAAAACCAACAUAUUAAGUUAAUAAUCAAUAAAAGAAAUCAUAUAACACAGACUUUUUCUUCUUAGUAGUGUAGUGGUGAUGGUUUUUUAGUUGAUUAGGUUAUAGUUAGUUGUGUGGUUAGGAUAAAAAACGAUGUCUUUAACAAUUCAACAAAUAAUAACGGACGCUAAACGUUUAGCAGGGCGUUUAAAGGAACGGGAUAGUAUUGCGGAAGUAUUACUUAGCGAGACUCACGCAAUAAAUAAAAAAAUUGACACAAUGAAACAGUACCAAGAAGAAGUCGAACAAUUAAACGAAGUUGCUCACCAAACGCCGCACACGCAAUUAAUAGCUAAUAUCCAAAAAGAAAAUAGACAUUUAAGGGAGAUUCAACAAGAAAAUCGAGAAUUACGGGCCGCCUUAGAAGAACACCAAACCGCUUUAGAGCAUAUUAUGUCCAAAUAUAGGCAGCACACAACAGAACAAAUUUAUAAAUCGAGAGUUGAUUUUUCUAUGCAUCAAGACGAGAGAUCACGAAAAAUUAUUACCGAACAAGCGGAGAAAAUUCAUGAAAUGGCUGCAGUUAUGGAUAAAGCGGCUUUAAUGGAUGAAAUGAAAUUUUGUCAUGAUUUGGAGAUUGUCUCCAGGUUGCAAGCUGAAAAUAAAGGUUUAAAGGAGAUGUUAGAAAUUUCUUGUAAAUAUGGAUCAUAUGGACAACCAUUGGUGAUUCCUGAUAAAGAGGAUAAAUUUGUACAAACAGAUCAAAAUAAAUGAUCAUUACUGUAAUGUGCCUCAAAUCUUCAUCUUAUUUGUUACAUUUACUAAUUUAUUAUAAGUGUUUUUUCUUUUUUGCACUAGUAUAUAGUACUUUCCAUUA